GUCCCGCAGCCGCAGGCCACAGCAGCAGACCACAUGCCGCUACUCUGUGUCUCCGCUCCAGCACAGGCGCACAGCGCACAGCGCCGCAGCCGCACCACACACAGCGUUGCCACGCGCUCCGCCGCUCCGCGGCUCCGCGCUGCAGGCCUGCAGGCUACAGCCUGCAGCAGCUCGGGAUCUCGGGCUCUCGGCGAGCCGCUGCUGCCUGCUGGGGGGCUGCGGGCUGGCCGGCUGCGGCUGGGCGCUGGCUGCCUGGUCGUCUGCCUCUGCUAGUCUGCUGCCUGCUGCAGUGCUCCGCUAGACGCUAUCGGCUAGUCCGCUGUCCGCGGUCGGCUGCCUCUGUGUGACUGCGUCCCGACGUGGUCGUGGUCGGCUGAUAGGGUAUUUGAAUUAUUGAAUAUAGUCCAGUUCACUACGCACAAUUCAAUUCCAAUUUAUUUGAUUAUACGUAUCUAAUCCAUUAGAUUUUUUAAUGUGCAGAUUUUCCAAUUUUCUAAAUAGCAGUCUUGGUUAGAAACAAAAACAAGGCAAAGAAUAUGGCCCAAAAAAGUAUCUCUAUAUUAUGUGAACACUCUACUGUUGUAAUGUCUUCAUUUUAUCUAAUACAUGUUAUAUGCUUCAUAAAAUGACAGAUUUAAAGAGCUAUUUCAGUCAAGCUUCUAGUGGAAGUAGACCAAGCACUCGCGCUAGUGGAGUUUGCAAUGAACCCGGAAUACAAGUUGAAGUUCAAGAGAAUAAUAGUGAAGAUGCCAAUGGUGAAAAUAUUUAUGGUCAAGUCGAAGGUAUAAAUCAGUUCAACCCAGAUCACAUUAUUUCUGAUCCGGGACUUUGUAUUCCAAUCGAUUAUUUUGCUCCUAAUAAUAGAGAUGAUGUUAGAAGGGCUUUCAUAGCUAAAGGUCCGACUCAACCAAUUGGUCAUAACUUUCCUCAGUCACAUGACAAAAGGAGCUUUCAAAAACAUUGGUUUAGACAACAUAGUUGGUUGGAAUAUAGUGUGGAGAAGAAUAAGGCUUAUUGCUUCUAUUGUUACCUUUUUAAGCACGAUCGAAUGGAUGAUAAAUUUUUCCAUGAUGCAUUUACAAAAGUUGGCUUCUCACAAUGGAGAAAUGUUUAUACGGCAUUUCCAAAACGUGUUGGUGGGCCUAAUAGCAUACACAAUACUGCAGCAACAGCAUUCCAUGAUUUUUGUAACCAAAGGUCAAGUGUUAGUCAUAAGGUUGCAAAUUAUAGUAAAGAAGCAUUGGUCAAAUAUGAGACACGGUUGGAAACUUCCUUAAGUAUUGUUAGUCUUCUUGCAUUGCAAGCUGAAUCAUUCCGGGGACAUGAUGAGACUAGUACUUCCUUAAACAAAGAGAAUUUUUUAGAAUUUCUUGAUUGGUACAAACAAAGGAAUGAAGAGGUGAGAAGAGCUUUUGAUGAGUUGUGUCCCAAAAAUGAUAAGAUGAUUUCGGGGACGAUUCAAAAAGAACUUGCAAACUGUUGUGCAGAAACAGUCACACGUGCAAUUAAAGAAGAAAUGGAGGAUUGUUUAUUCUCUAUUCUUGUUGAUGAAUCCCGUGAUAUAUCGGUUAAAGAACAAAUGACUAUUGUUGUGAGAUUUGUCAAUAAACAGGGUGAAGUAAUAGGAAGAUUUUUGGGCAUCAAGCAUGUCAAGGACACAACAUCAGAAUCAUUGAAGAAAGCAUUAGUUGAGAUGGUAAGUGAUCAUGGAUUAGUUGUUGCAAAGCUUCGAGGGCAGGGAUAUGAUGGUGCUUCUAAUAUGAGAGGUGAAUUUAAUGGUCUUCAAAAAUUAAUUCGAGAUGAGAACCCAUUCACUUUCUAUGUUCAUUGCUUUGCUCAUCAAUUGCAAUUGAUUAUUGUUGCUGUCUCAAAAUGUUGUUCAUCACUUGUGGAUUUCUUUGAGUAUGUAACAUCCAUUGUGAAUAGCACUUGUGCUUCUUGCAAAAGAAAGGAUAUAUUACAACAUAAGCAUCGUUUGAAUCUCUUAUCAAAGUUAGAGAGUGGAGAAAUUUCAUCAGGGAGAGGCAAACAACAAGAAACAUCAUUGUCAAGACUUGGAGAUACAAGAUGGGGAUCUCAUUACAAGACUUUGCUCCGUAUUGAGUCAAUGUGGGAAUCAGUGAUAUAAGUUUUAGAAAUUGUGCACCAAGAUGAGUGUAAUCCAUCAGGUGCAGGUGGCUUUGUUGGGAAAAUGGAGUGUUUCAGCUUUGUGUUUAUGAUGAAGUUGAUGUUACAGAUCCUCCGUAUCACAAAUGAGCUUUCUCUUCUCUUGCAAAGAAAGGAUCAAAAUGUUGUCGAAGCCAUGUCUCUGGUUGUUGAUGUGAGAACACGUUUGAUAAAUUUGAGAAAUGAUGAUUGGGAGCCAUUGUUGGAAGAAGCCACAACAUUCUGCCUUGCAAAUGAUAUCCCAAUACCAAAUAUGAGUGAUGUUGUACCACGAUUUGGUCGAUCAAGGAAAGGUGGGAGAAAUAAUAUUACCACAGAGCAUUUUUAUCGUGUUGAUACCUUCUAUGCUAUUAUAGAUUCUGUCACCACAGAGUUUGAUCAUCACUUUAAUGAGCUAUCUCAAGAGUUGCUCGUGUGUUUUCUUGUCUUGACCCAUGGGAGUCGUUCUCUAAGUUUGAUGUGGAUAAGCUUGCUCGGCUCGCGGAUAUCUAUUCUGAUGAUUUUUCUUUUGAUGAUUGCAAGACUAUAAAAGAUCAACUAAGAACUUUUAUUA